CUCGCCAAGAUUGGAGCUUCUGGAGCUCAUCGUCGUCAACAGGUCGGUGCCUCCAGCUGCAACACCGCAUCGACACUAUUCACCCCUCGCCGCUGCGACCACACAGCCCUCUUUCUCGCAAAUAACAUCCAGCGGGAUUGAAUAAAGCCUCAAAGGGUAUCCCACCAUUGUAGACUACACAACCACAGACCCCACAAUCCCGCCUUCACCAUGUUCAGGAACAACUACGACAACGACUCGGUCACCUUCUCGCCACAAGGCCGCAUCUUCCAGGUCGAAUACGCACAAGAGGCGGUCAAGCAGGGUUCAGUCGUCGUCGGCAUUGUCAGCAAGACACACGCAGUUCUCGCAGCAAUCAAGCGAAAUGCCGAGGAACUCUCUUCAUACCAGAAGAAGAUCAUCGCGAUAGAUUCCCACUUUGGUGUCGCCCUCGCCGGACUCGCCUCCGACGCCCGCGUCCUCUCCAACUUCAUGAAGCAACAAUCCCUCGCAUCCCGCCUCACCUACGACCGCGCCAUCCCCCUCUCCGAGAUCACCUCCCGCAUCGCAGACCGUGCCCAGACCAACACGCAGCAGUACGGCCGGAGACCCUACGGCGUGGGCCUGCUCAUUGCCGGCGUCGACGCAAAGGGCCCGCAUCUGUUCGAGUUCCAGCCCAGCGGUGUCACACAGGAGAUGGUCGCAUGUGGUAUCGGCGCUAGGAGUCAAAUGGCAAGGACAUACCUCGAGAGGCAUCUGGCCGACUUUGAGAACGCUAGCCGGGAGGAGCUGAUCAAGCAUGCACUGAGAGCACUGAAGGAGUCGCUAUCGCAGGACAAGGAGUUGACUGUUGACAACACCAGCGUCGGCAUCAGCGGCGUUGGCGAGGACUUUGUACACCAUGAAGGCCAGGAUAUCGCCGAGUGGUUGGAUGCUACGUUUGAGAAUAGGGAGGGCGGGGACGAGGCCGAGGUUUACCUCCAAGCCCGUUCUGCACGUGACCUCGAGCUCCGCCCGGCAUGCGCGAAAUCUCGCCGGACCUCAGCACUUGCACCUCACCACCGUACCUCACCCGCCCACACCCACCCACGAAACCCCAACGAACCUACCAUCACAAUGGCAUUCGCGUGGAAAGCCGCCGGUCUCACCUACAACCGCUACAUUGCCGUCGCAUCGCGCGUCGUGCGCCGCUCGCUCAAGGAGGACAAGCGCAUUGCUGCUGAGCGCAGGGGCGAGAGCGAACUCCGAUUCGCCAAGUGGGAGAACGGCAAGCAGGGCGAGAUGAAGGACCUCAACGCUGCGGCUCUCCAGGCCCAGGCUGAUGCUGCCAAGACCUCGUAAACGAUGCGAUGGACAGAGGAUCUGUAGUUGCGGCUGGCUAUGGAGAUGAUGGCUUCGGGCCAGGGCAUGGAAUGGACAAGUUGACGAGAGCUGAUGGAUGCAUGCCAUGUGCCAUCAAGGCUGGAAAGGGGAAUUAAAGCCAAUGCACAGCACCAAUUGAGCUGAC